AUGUUAAAUAAAUUGUUUAAUAAAGGAGGCAGGAAAAAAUUUUAUUUCACUCCAAUGACUUACAAUACUCCCUCAACUGCUGCCACAAAAAAUAAAAGCAAAUGUCAAAGCAAUCCAUGUAAAAUGCGACGAGCAGAACAAGUUAGCAAAGUUCUCUUCAGUUAUAUAUCUGACCUUAUUCAAUAUGGAGAUGAUGACUUUUCCCAAAUAGAAGAAUCUAUAGAAAUUUCUAAGGUACAGAUAUCCCCAGAUUUUAGUGCAUUGGUUGUCCACUGGGUAGCAACAGGAACUGAAAAAGACGAUAUCAUUCAACAAAUGCUUAUGAAGAACAGCAGUAGAAUAAGGCAACAUCUCAUAAACUUACGUGUUGUUGGUACAUUACCUCCAAUAACAUUUGUACCCGAUUUAUCAGAGGUCCAAGUAAAAAAGAAAGAAAAAAUGUACAUUUAUGUUCAGAAUCAUUUUCUUUCAGCCUAA